AUGCUUACAUCACACUAUGAUUUAUAUAUUGGUAUUGGUAUUGGAGCUGUAACUGUUAUUAUUAUAAUUCUUAUUGCGACAAUUAUUUUUUGUCAAUGCUGUGUACCAUCAUCAAGUCAUCAAUAUUUCGGUCGAUCAGUAAGCCAUUAUGCAGCUAUUAAUAAUAUUGAUGCGAAAAAUUAUUUUAAGCCACCACAACAUCUCAGUUAUGCACCAAUAGUUCAUCGUUUUCCACAGCCACCUGUUAUUACACAAGAAACUUCAUCUCAAUCUGCUCGCACAUCACUUGCUUCCGGCGGUCGUUUAUCAAUUUUAUCAGAAAAAUUAUCUCGGCUAUCCAUUAGUUCUAAUCAGUCGGGUCGACCAUCGGUUGCAUCUGAUAGCGUUCUGCUACAUAAGAAAGGUGAAACCGGUCGUUUAUCCCAUUCCUACGAUGAUACAGAUGCACAAGGUAUUACUGCACAUUAUGCAAGUAGAUCAUGUUCAAAAACAGCACGUCUAUCUGCAGCAGAUGCUGAAUAUCAAAUGCAAUUAUCGCCCAGUCCAAUUAAUUCAAAAAAUACACGAUUUCAACUAUUUCCACGUUCAUCAGAUGCCGUUGAGCAAUCGAUUUCAUCGGUUGAUCAGUCACCAGGAAUUCUUGAAGAACAAUCGUCAGGCUCAUCAAAAAGACUGGCUACAAAAAUAGAUUCGAACCAAAAUUUGAAUUCCGGUCGUCGUCAAUCAUUACUUCGAUCACCAUCGUCACGUUAUGCAAUUCCAAAAUUUCCGGUUGUUGGAAAACAAUCAGGCAAUAUAUUGCGUGCCUCCAUGCAGCCUCUAGAACAAGGAUUUCUUUCACCACCAAUUUCACCGCAAUUUUCUUCUCAUCUGUCUAAGAAAAAAACACUACGUGGUGCAUUGGGUGCUAUAAUGCCUGAUCUGUAUUUCACAGGCACUGCAUGUGCCGCUAAUAGUGACAUUAAUGGGAACAGUGGGACGAUUGCAGAUAGCAGUGGAGGUGUCAACGAACGCAUUAAUGAUGAAUUAUCAAUUGAAGAAGAAAAAUCAUGUAAAUUACAUGUUCGUACUCUCUAUGAUGAACAUCGAAAUGAUUUGGUAGUUAACGUCAUCGAAGCCCAAUGUUUACCAAUGGAACGUGAUGAUUCACCUAAUCCAUAUGUUAAACUUUAUCUUCGUCCACCAAUAGAUCAAAAAUUACGCCAAACAUCAGUUCAGCCACAAACAAUAAAUCCAAUAUGGAAUGAAUGUUUUAAAUUUGGUUUUACGAAUGAAACAAUACUGAAAACAACGAAAACAUUAUAUUUAUAUAUAUAUAAUUAUGCACAUUCAAGUCGGCCAGAAUGCAUUGGCGAAGGACAAUUACGAUUAACAUCACAAAUAUUACAUACUGGUGGUGAUCUUUGGUGUACUAUUAAUAAACAACGAGCAGAAGAUGAGUAUCUUGGUGAGUUACUUGUUUCAUUGACAUAUUUACCACAAGCUGAACGACUUAAUGUUGGUAUUAUUGAAGCAAGAAAUCUCAAGGCACUGUCGAUGCAUAUUGAAGCUGAUCCUAUUGUACGGUUAACAUUGCAAUUCGGACAAACAGAUAAAAUAAAACGUAAAAAAACAUGUGUUAAACGCAACACAUUAAAUCCCAAAUGGAAUGAAGAAAUAUCAUUCAACAUUUCAGGUGUUUCAUUAGCUGAAUCAUCUCUUGAAAUAGGUUUGUAUCAUCAUGAUCUUAUUGCACCAGAUGAACCUUUGGGAUUUUUACGUUUUGAAAAUGUAACACCGAUCAGUAGUGCUAAUAUAGCCCAACAUAGCGAAAUAAUUCAUUGGUGUGAAGUUAUUAAUGGUGAACAACGAGCUGCUUGUUGGCAUCUAUUACGAAAAGCUGCAAAAAUUAUUCCUCCACCAUCAUCUAAUAAUAAAACUUUACCACCACAACAAGCACUGAGAAAUUCGACAAAUAUGCCCAAAUAA